AACUAUGCCCCAUUGUCGUAGUCCCUCAUUCUCUGAGGCUGAGAAUAGUCUCAUUAUUGAGGCACUGCUACAACACCAUGAAAUCCUUCUGUCCAGAGUGCAGGCCAAACUGACAGAGCGUACAGACCUUUGGGAUGAAUUGGUGAGAAGUGUGAACACAGCUGGUAAACACGGUCGCACAUAUAAGCAGGUGCGACACAAAGCAAUUGACCUAAUCCGUGCUGUCAGGAGGCGUGCAGCUGCAGUGGCACAUGAUCGUAACAUCGCCAGUGGGGGGCCUGCAGCAGAACGACCCCUAACUGCCACAGAGGAACUCCUUGCAAAUCUCUACACACAGAAAAGCUCCCAGCAAUCCAUCAGCCAGUAUGUUCUGGAAGUGGGUGUCCCUCCUGCGUUUCAUGAGGAGGAGCUGCCAGGUGCCACAGAGGAACUCCUUGCAAAUCUCAAAAGCUCCCAGCAAUCCAUCAGCCAGUAUGUUCUGGAAGUGGGUGUCCCUCCUGCGUUUCAUGAGGAGGAGCUGCCAGGACCAUCUGGAAUUAGCACAUAUAGGCCUCCUGCUGUUGGUUUACAUACUACUGCUGUUAAAUUUAAAAAUUAUUGGAAUAUAGAAACUGAAUUUGAUUUCCAAUUUUUUUGUAAUAAUUUUUCUAGCUACUGCCAAGAAAUUCCAGAAAAAUUUCUGCUGUUUGGAUUUUUUGACAAUUAA